GUUUUUACUCCCCAACCAACCGAUCGGUAAAUGUAGCGGCGCCUCAGCAGAAAUCUGUUGUUAUUAUACUGUAUAUUAUUUGUCUUGAAGUCAAGUUUGCAUCACAAAAACAGGAAUUUGAGUUGCGUAUGACGUUGCAAAUCAUUAUUUCUGGAAAUACUCUUCUAUUACAUGAAUUCUGAAAACGCUAAUUUGAGCAGCAGUGGAGCGACUGCAUCUGGUGGCAUUGCAAUGUCCAAGCGGGGAGCUAUGAAGCUGCAGAUCCAACUUUUUUACAAGCAGUUGACUGAAGGUUGUGGAAAACAGCAUUGUACUAAUGAGAACUGUGCUUCGAACUCAUCCAACAAAAAACUAAGCUGUGAUGAGGCGGCUGCCCAAGCUAUUUUACUUGCAAAAAACAAAGUAGAGUUGUGCAAUGAUCAUCGAUCAAAGAUCGCGCGCACAGACAAUUUACGGAGUGACAUGAGAAUAUAUAAUAAUGGGCUUAGGGAAAAUGCUGAAGAAACACCAGCCACAACAUUAGAUAUUAUGAGUUCAACCCCCUUUACAAUGAAUCAUAUAACUCCUCAAACAACUGCAAGCGAUUCUUUUGAAGUAGUUCCACAAUGCGAAAACCGCCCAACCCCAGAUAGUGCAUAUGCUUCGGACACAUUGGGUGCGUUCUCUACGUCAGAAAAUGAACAAACUAGCACUGAUGUUGAAAAAAUGGAUGCGUGUGAUCUUGACUUACUUAGUGCAGAUGUGGGUUCUCCAAGCUCUUUUAUCUGCCCCUCUAAUCUUGGAGGAUUCAAUGAUGCAAUGCUAAAAGAGCUGCCUAAUGACAUGCAUGUAGAAGAACAUAGCAUACCUCUUCCACAAAGUUCCUCUUCUAAAAGAGGAGAAACAUCUGAUUUAAAAUGGCUUGGUGAACAAUGCCUUAAUUCCAAACUGGAGCAAAUAACUGUGUCAGUUGAACAGAAUGGACAAACUUCUGGAAAAGUACCAACUUGGUAUCAGUAUAGUCCAGAUUAUUGUACGUUAUGGAAAUACUGCACCACAAAACAAGCUUCCGUUGAAAGUAUGUGCUUACCACCACUGAAACAAGCAAUAUCCAACGUCUUUUCAAAUUCCAAACUCCUUAACAGUUUUGCUUUGAAACAUGAAAUCAAGGAUAGCUUAUUGAAAAGUGAUUUGUUGGCCAAGCAGUGGGAAUCUUCACCAAAAAUGACAGUUGGAAGUAGUGAUGUGUUUUCACCUACAGAGCUUCUUUCCAUAAGUGAUAUCAACAAUCCUGAUCUUGGUUUGGAAAUGUUUGUCAAGCAAACCGAAGACUCAAAGCAAGAACAGCCUACUUCUGCAGCAUGUGCAACGAACAAUUUGAAUUCUGCUGCACCAAAAACCAUCAAAACUGUGCCAUACAUGCCGACAGUGGACAUGACAUUUUUUCGGACACUUUUUGUUCAUAUUCUUGAAGACGAACAGCUACAGGAAGCGCUGAACGAAGCGGUAUCAAAACUUAUUCAUGAAGUAGAGAAGGAAGUGUCAAGGAACCCAAACCAAUACAAAACUGAUCCUAAUUAUUUAAACUUAAUAGUAAUAAUGCUUGAGUGUCCGCUUAUGCAGAGUCCUGAAUCACUAGAAGAAGUGUUUCCAACAUUACUUAAAAUUGUUGCCAAGUUACCGCUAGCAACACAAGUAGCGUUGGUGCAUCACUGGUCAAUGUAUGAUGGCAAUCAACUGAGAAACAUCAUUGAAACAAUUCAGCAGCUUAUUGCAUAUCAGGUUGCUAUGAAUUACAUGGACGAAACAGAUCGCGCUGCACACAAUGAUGAAACUAUUAUCAAUGCAUCAAAGGCUUUGAACAUCUUGUAUUUUUCCUCCAUACUCGGGGGAGAAGUGGAUUGUACUCGGGAUGAACAAGGAGCAGCCGCAUCAAAGUUGAUGCGAGAUGCUGCUCCUGCUGGGGAGGAUGACUUUCACAUUGGAGUGAUAGAUGCAGAUAAUGAAUUUGAGUUCCAGUGGGUAUCCGAUCUUGGAAAGGAACUUAAACUUGUGGGACUUGACUCCAUUGAACCACUAGUGCCACAAACCGAAUUUGUAAAUGAAGCUCUAAACGAUGUUAUAAAAAUAGACAAGGAUUAUGCAAAUUACCGGAUAAGCCAGCAAGGAACAAACAAAUAUUCUUUUCUACAUUAUCCAUUUCUACUGACAACUUUGAGCAAAACCACAUAUCUAUUUUACGACAAUCGUGUUCGCAUGUACAGUGAAAGAAGACGCACGCUUAUGUCCAGUUUGUUCUCUGGAUCUGCCAUCAAUCCUUUCUUGAAAAUCCAAGUGAGACGAGCUCAUAUCAUCAACGAUACUCUUGUGCAGUUGGAAAUGGCGACUGAAAAUUUAAAGAAUCUUCGAAAACAACUUUAUGUUGAGUUUGAUGGAGAAGAGGGGGCGGAUGAAGGGGGCGUGUCAAAGGAAUUCUUUGCUUUGAUGGUAGAAGAAAUUUUCAACCCUGCCAAUGGCACAUUCAUCUUGGUUGAAGAGAGCCAGUUGUUCUGGUUUAAUCCCGAGUCGUUUGAAGGGCAGAUGCAAUACAAGCUUAUUGGGAUUAUACUUGGCCUUGCAAUCUACAAUAAUUGUAUUCUUGACAUUAAAUUCCCUGCAUUCCUUUACAAGAAACUGCUUGGAAGGAGAGCAAAGUUUCGUGAUAUAAAGGAUAUUUACCCGGUGGUAUACAGAAGCUUAUGUGACAUCUUGAGUUAUUCUGGUAAUGUGGAGCAAGACAUGAUGCUUACUUUUCGAGUGGAAUACAGCGACAUAUACGGUUGCCCUCACACUCAUGAUCUGAAAAAGGAAGGAAAUAAAAUCCCUGUAACCAAUAGCAACCGACAGGAGUAUGUUGAUUUGUACAGUGAUUGGCUGUUAAACACAUCUGUCGAAGAACAAUUCAACGCUUUUCUUGGUGGUUUUGAACUUGUCCUAAGCAAAUCUCCACUGAAAUAUUUAUUCAAACCUAAAGAAGUGGAACUUUUGCUUUGUGGUAGUGAGCAUUAUGAUUUCAAAGAGCUGGAAGAUUCGGCAGAUUAUGAUGGAGGAUUCACACGAGAUUCACAAACUGUUAAAGAUUUCUGGUCUGUGGUUCAUGAGUUGAGUGAAGAGGAACAAAAAACGUUGUUACAAUUCUCAACGGGUAGUGACCGCGCUCCAGUUGGUGGUUUGUCUAAGCUCAAAAUGAUUCUUGCUCGUAACGGGCCAGAUUCUGAUCGAUUACCAACAGCACAUACUUGCUUUAAUGUCAUCCUUCUUCCGGACUACAAGAACAAGAUAAAGCUUAGAGAGCGAUUACUGAAAGCAAUAAAGUAUUCCAAGGGUUUUGGCAUGCUUUAAUGAAUUUUUCUUGGUUUUUCCUCAUUAAGUUUGUUCCAAGUAGCGCUAUGCACUGUACAUAUAAAUGUAUUGCCUGGUAUUUACAUGCAUUAUAAAACAUUAUUCUUGUACGGCUUAUGCUUAUACAAACCUACAACACAGUUUCAAUGUUUUUGGAAGUUACUGUUUGCAUUUGAUUUUUCUAUAAUGCAUUGUAUUUAUUACAUAAAGCUUAGCAAAUGAAUAAAACACUAGCAAUUCAGUUUAUUAAUUUUUUUUAUAUGUUGUCAUUUUGUGCUUGUAAUUAUUAAACAAUCUAUAUAAAGCUUUACAGUUUUCUUUGCACUGGCAACGAUUACUUGCGCAAAUACACCGUUCUUUGAAAGUUGCA